AUUCUUAAAAUCUGAUCGCAGCGUUGCGAACCACAUGAAACUCGCAAGCCCGCAACACCGGCGUAAACUGUCAAUAUUUCAAAAAUGCGCUGCUUGUUUUUGUAGGUUAGAGCGGAUUUACUGAAUAUAAAGUUGUUUAAAAUCUAGUUUCACAUGUCAUUAAUACGAUAAGAACUAUGGAGUCCUUGCGCAGAGGAUUUAUCCUGGCGUGCAUUACUUACAUGUGUAUAAAAACCAGUAAAAGUGCCAAGAUAAACACGCCAAGGGUGCUUCUGCCUUGGUUUGAAAAUUUGACCGUGAACUUCACGUUUGAAAUAAUAGAAGGUGGUUGUUAUACUUGGAGUUUGUCUCGCGAUGACAUCAUCGAUUUGGAGCCUAUUUACGACGACUCUUGGGGGCAUUGUUCCCGUGCUGCAAGAGUUUCCGUGUCUAAAUCAUGCAAGCCGCCCGGCUCCGUGAUUAUUCUUGCGGAAGAGGUCAACAGCGGCGAGAUAUUGCGGGGAGAUGUAGACAUAGACAUGAUCAGCUCACUAAAGGUAGUGAGCACAACUUGGAAGCUCUACUUGGAAGAGGCACCUGAGGCUUUUGAGGUGGUUGCUUAUGAUGAUUCCGGUAACACAUUCUCAACAUUAGAAGGAGUGAGUUUCACAUGGACCAUAGAAAACCUUGGCAAUAAUAUUGGAAAAGAUCCAUUAGUCACUUUAGUCCGAUGGAGCGACACAGACUACGAAGCACCUCGCAGCAUAGCCGAGCUAGAGAGCCUUGGCGUGCGCUCCUACUCCGUGCUGCUCUACGGCCAGGCCAUGGGCGAUGUGCGCGUUACCGUCUGUCUAAAGGACAUCUGUACUGAUUUUAAGCUGAAUGUGGUUGCUAGCGUGGUUUUAACGCCAGCCAUAGCGACCAUAGCACCGGGAGACACGCUGCGAUAUAGAGUGGUCCGUGCUCGCGCAGGCCGUCUCACCAUCCAAGACGUUGCUGAAACUCUUUACCAUAUGAACGUACCAACCUCCGACAUAGCUCGCCUAGAGGACGCUAUAAGCCUAGUCCGAGGCACCCAAAUCGGCACAACCAACGUUCACCUCUUAUCCGGCGCCACUGAAGUCGCUACAGCUAUUUUAAAAGUAGCUGAGCCUCAUAGUAUCAAAGUUUCUAUAAGACCGGCAAAAUUAGUUAUCCAAUCCGAACUAUUUAUUAUACAUUGCGUGGUAUACGAUGAGGAUGGACAUGCGUUGACGGCGGGCGAUGAAAUGUUGAUAAGGUUGACGGUCGAGGGCGAGGCGAAUGUGGACUUGGUCAGGUCGACGGAGAAUGGAACUAUUACUGACGCUGUGGCGAAUAAUGCGGGGAGUUUCACUGUCACGGCUAAGCUCUAUUCUGUUGCUGGGAGGAGUGUUUCUCGAAGGGUGGAAGGCAAAGCCUCAGCAGUGGCAAUAGAGCCAUUAGCAGUAGUGCCUCCAGAACUUUACGUGGCAUGGACUGAUACUACUCAGGAAAUCCAGCUAAGGCAUCGUGGAGGCGGCGACGAGGCAGUCCAAUGGUCUGAAGUAGAAACCGCGGACUCUCUUUCCACCUCGCUCUCUCCCGCGGGCAUGCUAGCCGUCCGCGGCACCAGUGAGAUAGACGUCCGAGUGCAACUAAAGGAUUACCCUUAUGUACGGGCUUUUGGCAAAGUGCUAGUUGCGCCGCCAGAGCUGAUCCAAGUAUCUAGUUCGGGACACGCUCGCGUCGGCAAGCCACAUCAUCUGCACAUCGCGUUGACAGCAACUCACCCGACUACUGGCGAAUACUACAACUUUCAUACAUGCAACUGUGCGUCAUUUGCGGUGUCUCUGCUCGAAGGUCCAGAGCCCCACAACGUCACUGCAGCCCCCUGGGUGGAGCCCUUCGACGGCGCUUGCUGCGUGAUAGAGUGUGCUUGGGCGACUCGCGGCGUGUCGCUGCUGCGCGUGUCGCGCGGGCGCGCGGGCGCCACGGCGCGCGUGCUGGUGCGCGCGGCGCCGCGCCUCGUGUGGCCGGCGCGCGCCGCCGCGCUCGUGGGCGCCACGCUACCUGUGUUAGCCGAGGGUGAAGCCCUACUGCCCGAGUCGAAUGACCCCCGCAUAGCGGAGCUAACUUCACGUGACGGGCCGCCGCCGCACCGCCAUCCUGAUCUGCAACUCUUUACACUGUCCUGUCGCAGGAAAGGCGACACCCGCCUCUCUCUCAUCUCAGGCGCUGAAGAACGCGAGUCUGCCGAGUUCGAUUCUGCAUGCGCACAACACGUAGCGCGCGUGCGAUUGGAACCAGCCGACGCUAACAACUGCUCUGGAGGACCGAAAAUAUGGCUACGUCCCGGCCACGAAGUGACAGUAAAGGUCACUCUACUCGACGCGCUGGGCAGGGAGCUACUCGACGAGUUAGGCCCGCGCGUGUCGUGGGAAACUGAACCUAAUCACCCUGGUAUAGAGUUCAGAGCCGUCGACAGACUGUUUAUUGAACACCAUCCUGAAUACGUGCCGGUGCCAGUGCCCCACAAGUACUAUCAGCUAGUGGUAGCAGACGAGCAGGCUAUUGGUUGGAGUGGGACUUUGAAAGCGAGCAUUCCUGAGGCGUCCGCUAGUAUUCAGGCGAGGGUCGUCGCGCCACUCAAAUGUGACCCACAGAAGAUAAGCGUAGCGUGGGAAGGCGAAACCGUAUCAAACAUAGCGACCGUCUCCGGCGGCAGCGGGAAGUACGCCGUAGAGACGCCCAAAGGCUCUAGCGGCAGCGUGGACGGCGGGAAACUAGCGGCAGUCGUUCCCGGCCCGGGGAGUUAUGACCUGCUUGUUGUGGACCAGUGCGUGGCUGGCGAUAGACAACAUGUUGAAGUCAACAUUGAAGAAGUGCUAACCGUAGAAGUGUCUACGUCCCGGGCCGUGUGCGUGGGCGCGUGCGUGCCCGUGUCCGCCAUCCUGCGCGGCGCGUCCCGCGCGCGGCUGCGGGCGGCGCGCGCCGUGCAGUGGCGUCACGACGCGCACUUCUCCGUGCAGGACGGCCAGCUGUGCGGCCUGAGGGAGGGCGCGGGGAAGCUUAGGGCUGUGUUCGGGGGCGUGUCUAGUGCUGAUCAUGAGGUUUUAGUGUUCCCGCCCCUGAGCGUGGUGCCGCCCCGGGCCAGGCUGCCGCCGAGCGGCAAGCUGCAGCUGCGGCACGAGGGCGGCCCGCCGCCGCACCUCGCCGCGCUGCACUACAAGCUCUACGAACAUUCGAGGGCCGUUGAGGUCAGCCAAUCCGGGUUGGUGCACGGACUUUCGACGGGCACGGCGCGCAUCCGCCUCGUUGCGCUCGACAUCUCUGACGUUGAGAUGGCCAGCGCUGACGCUGAAGUUGAGGUGAUCCCCAUAACCGGCAUCCGAGUACGGGCCGCGACACAGACCCUCCUCGUGGGCUCGCCGGCGCCGCUGUGGCUAGAAGCGGCCGGCCUGGGCGCGGCGGCGCUGGCCGCGCUCCAACCCGCGCCGCGGGUCGCCUGGGCGCUGCGCGACCCGACUGUGGCUAGGCUGCACACUACACAUGUUGACGAUAAAUUGGAACGAAGCGUAGCAGAAGGCUUGUCAGUUCGAGUGAUUCCCCUCAAGCCCGGAGUUAUUACGAUCGACGUGCGAGUUCGAAAUUUAGGACAGGCAGCAGAAACCCGUUCCUGGGACAGCACCGUGGAAAUCCUCGCCGUUUCCGACAUUGCCGUGUCAGUCUACGGCCUCCCUAAAUCACUGGAGACCGGAGACCGGCUGGCCCUGGCCGUGGGUUCCACCAUCCGUUUGAAGUCUUUACCAAGGAGCGCUUGGCAGGCCUUUGGAGAUGGCUCGUUCGAAGUAUCCUCCAACGGGGAGCUGAAGGCUCACAGCGUGGGAUAUGGCGUCGUCGUGGCCCAGCAUAAGGACGAGAGGAAUAAUAUUUAUAGGGAAACUACUAUACACGUGGAAGUGUCGACGCCCGCAUACUGCACGGCGGAGGCGAGUGGCGCGAACGAAGACGGAGCGCUGCGAGUGGUUCUCCGCAGCUCUUUGGGCCGCGAACUACUGGCGCCUGAUGCGAAUGUCAGCGCCGCGCCUCUGACGACGCACGUGCGCAAAGUAUCUGACAGUGCGCAAGGGCCGGAACUGCUGAUCUCAGGCCUAGACUCCACAGGGUCGUUUAUGACCUUCAAAGGAACAGCGGGCGGGGUCACAGUCAAAGACGAAGUAUGGGUCACCGGUUCAGACUCGCAAACUGACAGGAUUUUUGUGACGGGCGGCUGGGUCGUGUGCCUGGAAGGCGUGGGCUGGGCGGCGCCGGCCGGCGUGGGCGUGCACGCGGGCAGCGGCGCGGCGGCCGCCGUGCUGGCGCGCCCCGGCGCCGCGCGCCACACGCUCCGGCGCGACCGGCCCGCCGCCACCAAGACGCUGGUGCAGCUGCCGCUGGACAAGAUGGAAUUCCACCAAGGCGAAUGGCCAGCUACCAUGGUCCCGCUCUCCAUGGAAGCAGCGGGGCUGACUUCUGGCCCCGUGCUAUGCUCAGAGGAACAGAAGUAUGCCCUCGAAGGCGUGCCUCUAGAGUUGCCCUUCACAUGUCGCGCCAGCAAGCCGCAUGAAGGCAAGCCUGUCGCUGACUUGCUUAACGGUCAAAUCGGCUGCUCGGUGAUUCCGGCUGGCCCGAUCACCCAAUCAUCUGAAAUCGAGCUCUGCGCCGAGUGGGGCACCCACAGAACCUGCACCAAAGUCCUCCUGGUGCCUCCAGUUAAACUGUCGGCGUCUAAAGUGUCGCUUCUCAACCCGCCGGCAAUCUUCACCGUGUAUGGAGACUCGCAAGCCCUGAAGGGUGUUAGGUUGACGCCUUCGCCGGGCUUGAAGAUUGAGCAGACUAGCUCAAAUGAUGAGAUAAGUGUAGAAGUGACCUCAGAAGCGUCAGUGUGCGGACUUGGUUGGGUGACGCUGAUGUCGCGGCUAACAGGACAGGAGUUACGCGUUGAGGUGGAGCGUUCGUGUGACGUAGCGUGCGGUACGCUGUUGGGUGCGUUGUUUACGCUCGUGCGGCCUUUCCUGCCCACGCUUUUGACGCUAGCUGCCGUGGUCGUGGCCUACAUGUACAUCCAAUACCGCUGGAACGAGAAGGCCCGCCUGCGCCUCCCGCAGGCCCCCGAGUCGGUGCUGCCCGCGCCGCCCCCGCCCCCGGCCCCGGCCCCGCGCCGCUCGUGGUCGCGCAGCCCGUACGCCGCGCCCGUGUACGGCGACGCCGACUCCGACACCUUCUCGCCCAACUCUACCCGGAUACACUCGAGGUUCUUGUAGUGCAUUGUGAUAUUUUACCUAGUCGGUUGGACUCAAACCCUAAGUUCGUUAAGAAAUAUUAGUAUUUUAUGCAACAGUUGUAUAAGAAGGGUCAAAAAAGGCGAGUGGCGUGAGUUACGUAAAGUAAAGGAAUACGCCACGAGAAUUUUUUGACCUACUUAUACAACGUUGCAUACAAUAUUUUUCCUACGAGUCAACAAAAAUAAAUCUUAAUUUAGGUAAACAAAUUACAGCAAAAGUAUAUAGCCAAGACGCGCGAGCAUACCUUGUUACGCGCCCGGCCCGCCCCGGGCCGCGGCCGGCCGGUCAGCGACACCUUCUCGUAACUCAUGAGGCCCUGGUACUUGCUACUUGCUAAAUUAAUUUUUUAGACAGUUCUUUCUCAAUUUUGGCCACCGUAGCCUACGGAGACUAACAAGCAACGCUAACCGGUCUUCGUAGUCUAUGGGUGUUGCUAUAUUACGGGUGUCACAUGCGUGUUUCUGACUUAUGAAGUAAUUAUUUUUGCUAUGCAACCAAAUGAAUAUUUUGUAAGUUGGCAGCAAUGCACUUAGUUUAAAACUGUAUUCGUUUUGUUAGGUUGGUAGCCAUUAAUCGCAGUAACGUUAUAGCUUAUAAAAGCACAAGAGCUUUUAUGAGGAAUAGACAAUAUAGACUUUUCUUGAAACCUUUUAUGUAUGUUCUUAUAUUCGUGUUAAUGAAUGCAUAAAUGACAGAUAACAGUAGAGGAGUAGGAAAAUAAUUUUACAGUGUCUAUGGAUGGUAUUCUACCUGUCUAUUCAAUUUGCAUCACAUAUUUUGCUUAAGAGCCCAUCAACGUGCUCACUACCGCCACUGGAAAAUAAUUGUGACUGUUUAAAUUUAACGAUAGAUAUUUAAAAAAAGCGGCCAAGUGCGAGUCGGACUCGCCCAUGAAGGGUUCCUUUAUGACGUAUUAAAAAAAACUACUUAAACUACUAGAUCUCGUUCAACAUUUUACCACUUUGGACACACA